CAAAGAUGGCGGCGCUCUGAGAGAUCAUAAUAGAGUUAUAAUAAACAUUCACUUAAUGUAAAUACAUUUAGUACAUGUUCGUUGAUAGAGACGCGAAAAACGUUAAACGAUCUUCUCUAUUGAUAUUUAUAAACCUGCAAACUUCAGGCAUUUUAGUUUUGUUUGUAUCUACAUUAUUCGAUCAUCGGAUUCAAAACAUAUCACCAAUAUUCUCAUCAUCCUAAACGAAAACUUGUUUCAACACGAACAGGAAUAACUCCAGGUGUUUCAACUGAGAUCUGCCGGAUAAAACAUUGUAAAAUGAUGUUUAUUAAAGAAGAGAGUGAGGACAUGAGUUAUCCAGAAUCAUGCAGUUCAAAUGUCAUGAAAAAUGAAGAUACUGAGGAACAAAGAGAUCUGAUGGAGGUGAACGAGGAAAAUCAAGAACUAAAUGAAGUUGAAGAGAAACACCAUCCGGAUCAGACACUUCAUGAUUUCAUAACAGGUUUAACAAAGCAAAACCAACACCAAGGACCCUCUGGAACCUGCUUAAGUGCUUCAGAGAAGCUGGAGUUUAUUAAAGAGGAGUUGAAAGAGGAGAGUGAAGACAUCAGUAUUUCAGAACCAUUCAGACUGAAGAAUGAAGAUACUGAGGAACAAAGAGAUCUGAUGGAGGUGAACGAGGAAAAUCAAGAACUAAAUGAAGUUGAAGAGAAACACCAUCCGGAUCAGACACUUCAUGAUUUCAUAACAGGUUUUACGAAGCAACACCAAAUACCCUUUGGAACCUGCUUAAGUGCUUCAGAAAAGUUUUUUAUUAAAUGGAGAAAAGAGUUUAUUAAAGAGGAGUUGAAAGAAGAGAGUGAAGACAUCAGUAUUUCAGAACCAUUCAGACUGAAGAAUGAAGAUACUGAGGAACAAAGAGAGCUCAUGAAAGUGGAGGAGGAAAGUGAGGAACUGAAUGAAGAGGAGAAACAUCAGUCUCAGAAACCUGAUGAUUUCAUAACUGGAGAAAAAUCUUUUAGUAGCCCACAGACUGAAAAGAAACGCUCACAAAUAAGAACUCAAAAAAGAAAAGGCAAAAAAUCUUACACAUGCCCUCAGUGUGGAAAGAGUUUCACACAUAAAGGAAACCUUAAUAGCCACAUGAGAAUUCACACUGGAGAAAAGCCUUUCACAUGUCUUCAGUGUGGAAAUAGUUUCAAACGUAAAGGAACACUUAAUAGCCACAUGACAAUUCACACUGGAGAGAAGCCUUUCACAUGCCAUCAGUGUGGAAAGAGUUUUGCACUCAAAGAAGUUCUUAAGCGUCACAUGAGAAUUCACACUGGAGAAAAGCCUUACACAUGCUCUCAGUGUGGAAAGAGUUUCACACGUAAAGGAACACUUAAUAGCCACAUGAGAAUUCACACUAGAGAAAAGACCUUCUCAUGCCAUCAAUGUGGAAAGAGUUUCACACAUAAAGUAACGCUUAAUAGCCACAUGACAAUUCACACUGGAGAAAAGCCUUUCAUCUGCUAUCAGUGUGGAAAGAGUUUUGCACUCAAAGAAGGUCUUAAGCGUCACAUGAGAAUUCACACUGGAGAAAAAUCUUUCACAUGUCAUCAAUGUGGAAAGAGUUUCGCACAUAAAGGAAAACUUAAUAGUCACAUGAGAAUUCACACUGGAGAAAAGCCUUUCAAAUGUCAUCAAUGUGGGAAGAAUUUCAGACAGGGACGUAGUCUUAAAAAUCAUUUGUCUUUUCACUCUGGAGAAAAGUCAUAUAGCUGUGAUCAGUGCGAAAAAAAAAUUUCUUCAGUAUCAGCUUUAAGAAGACACUGGAAAAUUCAUUCAAUAGAGAAGCCAUACAUGUGUUCACUUUGUGGAAAGAAUUUUUCACAGCUGUACAAUUUAAAAGAGCACCAGAGAAAACACACCGGUGUGAGAGAUCAUGUGUGCUCUGAGUGUGGGAAAGCUUUUUACAGUGUUAAUGACUUAGAAUGUCACAAAAGAAUUCACACUGGAGAAAAACCUUACAAGUGCUCACAUUGUAAAAAGAGAUUCACUUUUUCAGGAAACCUGAAAACACAUGAGAGAAUGCAUACUGGAGAGAAGCCGUACCACUGCAGUUCAUGUGGGAAGAGUUUCACCCAAUCAGGCUCUCUACAGACUCAUAGAAAAAAGCAUUGUCCAGGGUCACGGCACCAGUGUAACACUCCUUCAGGUUCAGCUAUGGGAAAGGAGGAGAUGGGAAGCAGUGUCACACUUCAGUAUUGUCAUCAUCCUAAACGAAGACUUGUUUCAACACGAACAGGAAUAACUCCAGGUGUUUCAACUGAGAUCUGCGAGAUAAAACAUUGUAAAAUGAUGUUUAUUAAAGAAGAGAGUGAGGACAUGAGUUAUCCAGAAUCAUGCAGUUCAAAUGUCAUGAAAAAUGAAGAUACUGAGAAGCAAAGAGGUUUAACAAAGCAAAACCAACACCAAAUACCUUCUGGAACCUGCUUAAGUGCUCCAGAGAAGAUGGAGUUUAUUAAAGAGGAGUUGAAAGAGGAGAGAGAAGACAUCAGUAUUUCAGAACCAUUCAGACUGAAGAAUGAAGAUACUGAGGAACAAAGAGAGCUGAUGAAAGUGAAGGAGGAAAGUGAGGAACUGAAUGAAGAGGACAAAAAUCAGUCUCAGAAACCUGAUGAUUUCAUAACUGGAGAAAAAUCUUUUAGUAGCCCACAGACUGAAAAGAAACACUCACAAAAAAGAAAAGUCAAAAAAUCUUACAAAUGCCCUCAGUGUGGAAAGAGUUUCACAUAUAAAGGAAAAUUUAAUAGCCACAUGAGAGUUCACACUGGAGAAAAGCCUUUCACCUGCUCUCAUUGUAUGAAGAGUUUUGCAAAUAAAAGCAACCUUUUUAGUCACCUAAGAAUUCACACUGGAGAGAAGCCUUUCAUCUGCUAUCAGUGUGGAAAGAGUUUUGCACUCAAAGAAGGUCUUAAGCGUCACAUGAGAAUUCACACUGGAGAAAAGCCUUACACAUGCUCUCAGUGUGGAAAGAGUUUCACACGUAAAGGAAAACUUAAUAGCCACAUGAGAGUUCACACUGGAGAAAAGCCUUUCACCUGCUCUCAUUGUAUGAAGAGUUUUGCAGAUAAAAGCAACCUUUGUAAUCACCUAAGAAUUCACACUGGAGAGAAGCCUUUCACAUGCCAUCAGUGUGAAAAGUGUUUUGCACACAAAAUUGAUCUUAAGCGUCACAUGAGAAUUCACACUGGAGAAAAGCCUUACACAUGUCAUCAAUGUGGAAAUAGUUUCACACUUAAAGUAACACUUAAUAGUCACAUGAGAAUUCACACUGGAGAAAAGCCUUUCAAAUGUCAUCAAUGUGGGAAGAAUUUCAGACAGGGACGUAGUCUUAAAAAUCAUUUGUCUUUUCACUCUGGAGAAAAGUCAUAUUGCUGUGAUCAGUGCAAAAAGAAAUUGUCUUCCGCAUCAGCUUUAAGAAGACACUGGAAAAUUCAUUCAGUUGCGAAGCCUUACUCGUGUUCCCUUUGUGGAAAGCAUUUUUCACAGCUGUGCAGUUUAGAAGACCACCAGAAUAAGCACACCCGUGUGAGAGAUCAAGUGUGCUCUGAGUGUGGUAAAGCUUUUUACAGUGUUUAUGACUUAGAAUGUCACAAAAUAAUUCACACUGGAGAAAAACCUUACAAGUGUUCCUACUGCGAAAAGAGUUUCACUUAUUCAGGAAACCUGAAAGCACAUGAGAGAAUGCAUACUGGAGAGAGGCCGUAUCACUGCACUUCAUGUGGGAAGAGUUUCAUUAGAUUAGGAAACCUGAAAGCACAUGAGAGAGUUCAUACUGGAGAGAAGCCGUUCCACUGUACUUGUGGGAAGAGUUUCACCCAAUCAGGCUCUCUAGUGACUCAUAGAAAAAAGCAUUGUCCAGUGUUGUCACAGUGAGCAAAGUUCUCCUCUAUUUGCUAUGUAAAUGGGAUGAAAUAAAAAAAAAAGUUAAAUUUCUCUCAAAAUAAUAAGUACAAUUAAGUGGGUGAAUUGCUUUGCAUUAUGCUGAUUGAGCUGCCAUUCUGUGUAAAGGCAGAUUUAUACGUCUGCGUCAAACCUAUGAUGUAGCCUGGCAUGGCUUUAACUAUGCUUUGCAUCAAUGCAGACCACAACUGUGAGAUUCAACCUGUGAGACUCUUUUCUCUGUGAGACUUUGAGAUUAUUUUAAGCAAUGCAUCAUAUCACAUUGCAUUUGGACUCAUGAGCAAUGUUUUAAUUUGGAAGCAUAUGCUCUUUUUUUAUCUUAUUAAGUGACACCCCAACAAAAAGACAACUUUUUUUCUCUGGGCUUUUACUCAAUAUAUAUUUGGAAUGUGAGUGACUCGAUAUUUGUUGUAUACUACUCGAGAACUUUCAGAUCUGUACCAGUGGCUUUUGGUUUUAUUUUAACUGUGGUUACUGGCAAGUGUUCAUGGGUGAUGAAAGCAAGGACAAGACAGCUUUUAUGUGUCCACUUAGGUUUUUCCAGUUUAACGUUAUGCCCUUUGGUCUUAAAAAUGCCCCAGCAAACAUUCAAAGGUUGAUGAAUGAGUCCUGGGAGAGCUUGGUGGCAACAGUUGUUUUGUAUAAUUGGAGAACAUCAUUAUUCUCCAACAGCUGAAUGACACUUUCAUUAUGUUCAAGCUGCUCUGGACAAGUGUCAAGCAGCUUGUCUCACUGUUAACAUGAAGAAGAGUCACUUCCGUACAUCUUUGAAAUUCCUUGGGCAUAUAGUCUCAAUGGCAGGAGUGGAAGCUGACCCAGAGAAAAUCAAGGCAGUGCAGGAAUAUAUUACACCCACCACUCUCAAAGACAUCCAAAUAUUGCUUGGAAUGGUAGGGUGGUAUAACCCAUUUGUGAACUUCUUAAUGAGCCACCUAAUUCCCUAAAGCAGAAAAUUGUCAAAUUCAUGUGCUGAUCCAAACUCCUGUGGAGAAACCUGGGUCUCUAUUGUCAAUCUUUGCUACCUUGUUUCUAGUAAUUAGAAACUUGUAAAUUUCAGAUGAGGAAAUAUGGAAAUUACAAGCAUAAGAUCCUGGGAUCCAGCUCCUUUAUAUGACAGUUAUGGACACAGGACAACCUAUCAUUUUCAACGCUACCACCACGUUUACUAUCUUGGAGGAUAAGAUCUACUGAGUGAUGCAAAUAUCACAUAAAACCUUAUAUCAGAUCUACAAUUCCGCCUCUCUUUGCUCACAACUCCUUCAGAACUUCCGCAGAGUCCCAUUAGCUGGACAUCUAGGGCGAUUCAAAACUUGCAAGAGACUACAGAAUCUUACAAUAUUUUGGCCGGUGAUGAAUCCAGAUGUUGUGGAAUAUGUUUGCUAUUGCAAACAGUGUCAGCUGCACAAACCUGAAAUCUGAAGAUCGGUUGGAAAGUUGCUUCAAACUACUGUACCCCAAUUGUGGAGAUGUUGGAAGUCAACAUUAUUGGUCAAUUUCCUCUGAGUUCUAAUGGGAAUGUUUACCUUUUGUUGUUUGUUGUUUAUUACUCAUGUUUUGUGGAGAUUUUUCCCUUUUAUCAAGCAACUGCUGAAUUGAACAAAGCAAUUUCUAGAUUUCUUAGUAUUCUGAUCUUGCUUGAUCUGAGCUCUGCUUUUGACACUGUAUGCCACAAAACACUCCUUUCCCGACUUUCAGAUAUUGGUAUUACUGGCACUGCUCUAUCCUUGUUUCAUUCCUACCUCACUAACAGACAAUAUUUCAUCUCUAUUAAGAAAAACAAAUCUCCUACUGCUCGUCUCACUCAGGGUAUCCCACAGGGUUCUGUACUAGAACUGCUGUUCAUAAUUUACGUUCUCCCACUAUGUCAGAUCAUCUGUCGUCAUGGUCUCAGUUGUCACUGUUUUGCUCAUGACACCCAGAUUUAUACAUCCACACAUUUUGAUGAAAAACAUCAGCUCGUUAACUGCCUGUAUCAAUGAUUUGGUUAAACAGUAUUAACAAAAAUUCCAUGCUGACAAAACUGAGAUCAUGAUUUUUGGGCCACAAACACUUAUAAGAAAUAUUGACAUUUGUUUCACUAUUGAUGGAAAUCUGACCUAACCCUCUAAAACCAUUAAGAAUCUGGGAAUCACUUUCGAUCCAUCUCUUACUUUUGGAGCCCACAUAAGAGCCAUCACUAAAACGGCUUUCUUCCAUCUACGUCACAUUGCAGGACUUCACCCCAUUCUCAGUUUGAAGGAUGCAGAAUCACUAGUUCAUGCUUUCAUAUCAUCAUGUCUCGACUACUGCAAUUGCCCCUUUACUGGCCUACUGGCUAAAACUAUUGCCUGGUUAUAAUACAUCCAAAACUCUGCUGCUAGAUUUCUCACUAACACCAAGUAUUCUGCACAGAUUAUUCCAUCUUGUUUAGUCUUACCUGGCUGUCUGUCUCAUGCCAUAUUAAGUUGACAUGAGACAAAUUGACAUACAAAGCUCUCAAUGAUAUGGCACCUCGCUAUAUAUAUUAUCUGCUGCAUCAAUACACACCAGCACACACACUUCAUUCUUCUGAUUGCAAAUUGUUGUCUGUCCCUAGAUUUCAUCUAUCCACUUUUGGUGGGAGAUCCUUCAGUGUAGUUUCACCUAAACUGUGGAAAUCUCUACCUCAGAGCCUCAUUGACAUGUCUAUUUCUAUCUUCAAAUCUCAACUUAAAACACAUCUUUUGUCAGUGCAUUCAUUAUCUGUCUAUUACUUAGUGAUGUUUUAUUUCCCCCUUUGUAAUUCAGAUUGUAACUUCUGUUGAAAUUUAUAUUAAUGUAUACUUUGUCCUGUUAAAUGUAUGUAUAUGGAGUGUAAAGUGUCCUUGAGCUUUUGGAAAGGCUCUAUAUAAAUAAAACUUAUUAGGGGUUCAAGCGAUUAGCCCUGAAACCCUAUUGCAAAUGUUAAGUUUUUUAAUAGGGUCUCAAGCUCUUAUGCUGAAACCCUAUUGUAAUUUUUAAGAUUUUUAGUGGUUCAAGCGCUUAGCGCUGAAACCUAUUGUAAUUGUUAAGAUUUGUAUUAUUAUUUUGGCCCAAGCACUGAAAGUACGGAGCCCUAUUGUCCUUCUAAGGAUUAUUAUUAUUAUUUUUAAUAGGGCCCAAGCACUGAAAGUGCGGAGUUUGCACACACAUCAGAGUUGCUGGCCUUUAGGGCGUGGAAGAGUUAUUGGGCCAGGGACUGGCGAGGUUGUGUAAUGUGUUGACAGUGUUUCAGGGCAGUGUUUUUAAAUCAUGUUAUGUGCUGUUCACAUGCUUGAAUGCAUUUGUUUUUGCACUAAAAUUAACCACAAAAGAGCAAAGCGUUUGUGUCCCUACUCAAGACGUUUAACAGUUUGUUCCUUUUAACUUGACAUGGCGUCUAAAAACACAAACAAGCCGUCGAAGACGUCUAUCUAGCACACGUUUACAUUGAAAUUAUUUAUAAAAUAGCGCAGA